AGACGACUGAAGAUUCAGGAGAUCAAACGCUCAGUGGAGCUCAGUAAGGAAGAUGCAGACAGAGAGAUAGCAGGUGGUGUUCAGGUCUUCAGCGCUCUGAAGGAGUCUGUUGAGAGAAGCCAGGCCGAGCUCAUCGACACGAUCAAAGAGAAGCAGAGAGAGACAGAGAAACAGGCUGAAGGCUUCAUCAAAGAGCUGGAACAGGAAAUCUCUGAGCUGAAGAAGAGAAGCUCUGAGGUGGAGCAGCUCUCACGCUCUGAAGACCACCUCCACCUCCUCCAAAGCCUCCCGUCCCUGAACGCUGCUCCACCCACCAAGGACUGGACAGAAGUCAGCGUCCGUCCACCUUCCUAUGAGGGGACUGUGAGGAGAGCUGUGAAUCAGCUGGAGGAGACGCUCAGUAAACAGAUGAAGAAGCUGCUUGAGCUGAAGAGGGUCCAGCAGUAUGCAGUGGAUGUGACACUCGAUCCUGAUACAGCAAAUCCUAAACUCAUCCUGUCUGAUGAUGGAAAACAAGUUAAACAUGGUGAUAUAAAGAAGAAUCUCCCAGACAAUCCAGAGAGAUUUGAUUAUUGUGUUAAUGUCUUAGCAAAGCAGAGUUUCUCCUCAAGAAGAUUUUACUGCGAGGUUCAGGUUAAAGGAAAGACUAAGUGGGAUUUAGGAGUGGCCAGAGAGUCGAUCAACAGGAAGGGAGAAAUCACAGUAACUCCUCAGGAUGGUUACUGGAUGAUAUGGUUGAGGAAUGAAAAUGAGUAUGAAGCUCUUGCUGACCCUCCAGUCUGUCUCUCUCUGAAGUCUCAGCCUGAGAAGGUGGGGGUGUUUGUGGAUUAUGAGGAGGGUCUGGUCUCCUUUUAUGACGUUGAUGCUGCAGCUCUUAUCUACUCCUUUACUGGCUGCUGCUUCACUGAGAAACUCUACCCAUACUUUAGUCCUUGUAUAAACGAUGGUGGUAAAAACUCUGCCCCUCUGAUCAUCUCUCCUGUCAAUCACACUGAGUAGAACAACCAUUUGAUUUUCUAUAUUUAAUGUAAUAAAUGUAUAUUUGUUGCUGAUGUACUCUGUACACUUUGAUGUUGUUUCUGUAAAUGUUUUUCUUUGAUGUGUCACGUUGCUACAACACAUCAAUUUUACCGCUCUGAUUGAUUUUAUCUAAUGUGUCUAAUUUAUUCUAAUAACUGCAUUACCUGCCUUCAACACUGUGAAAUCAUCAGAAAACAACGUCCUCAGAAAUAAGAAGCAUUUACACGUUUCUUAUGUCUGGCUGCCAAAUUCUAAACUGUUUAUAUUCUGAUCAUUGUUUCUAUAAGAAGUGUUGCAUACUGGCCCAAAUUACUGAAGAGCAGUUUAUAAAUGAGACAAAAGUCUUUUGUUUUUCUCUCUUUUUCUUUUAAAUAAACAAAAGCAAAAUAA